ACCUUUUUGGGAUCGUGCUCAUGAUACUGAGCUGAUUAUUGAUAUUUGUGAUGGCUUACGUCCUCCAACAGAUGAUAUUGUAGCACCUGAAGAUUAUAUUGAGCUAAUGAAAGAAUGCUGGGACCCUGAUCCAAAUAAAAGGCCAAUUGCUCAUGACACCAAUAUCACAAAAUUCACGUGUUUAUCACCUGGAACUAAAAAAAAACGCACUGUGGAAAAUGAAGUGUAUAACGCAGUUGGAACUAGAAUUCUUCAACAAAUUCAAAAAUAA